CGACGUGGCUAACGUGCUUAAUCUUCAUCAUUUCUCAGUUUCCUAAACCAAAUCGACGAUCAAGCCACGCAGACUUGCCUUCCAGCGGCUGAAAUGGAACGGCUGAGAAUGAACCGGCGCGUCCAAAUUGAUGAAUCGCAGCCUCCGAAUCACGAUGCAGUUGACGACGGAGAUGAUAAUUCAUUGAGAAUGAGACUAUCGGAAAACAAUGUGACCGAGAAUCAGGAGCCAUUUAUGGGAGUUAAGGUCCGGCGAAAAGCUUCCCUUCACCGAGAAUACAAAGGCGACUAUAUCGAUGUGCCUUCUCACCCGUACUUGAUGAAGGUUAUGGAAAAGCAAGGUGACAAUCGAGUGCUCUUUGCUGAUAAAGUUUUGAAGUUCACUGCUACAGGGAAGAUGAAGCGUCGCAUUCUUUUGAUUACUGAUUUUGCCAUUUACCUUGUUGACCCUGAUACUGCAGCACUUAAACGCCGCAUAGCUCUGGCAGCUGUUGAGAAGUUGUCUUUGAGUGAACUUAGUGAUAAUUUUUUGGCAAUUAUCAUUCCAUAUGAAUAUGACCUACUCAUGGCUAGUACUCGAAAAACUGAAAUUGUUACUGUGUUAGUUGAAGCUACUAAGAGUGACUCAGGCCAAGUUGAGGUGGUUUUCUCCAAUAGGUUUGAGUAUAAUGCAACUUCUUAUUUGGUAAAGGAAGUUCAAUUUGAAGAAGUGGAAGGUGGUGUUAAAACAAGAAUUCUGACAAGAUAAGUUGCAUCUUAUGCUCGUUUAAUAUGUUUGUAGACUUUUGUGGGGAAUUGGAAGUCUCCAUUGUAAAGAUAAAAGACUGAUCAUCCAUAUAUAUGUUGUUCCCUUCACGUUAAGGUCAACCUCCCCUUGAAAAAUAUGUAGCUUAUUGUUUUGAUAUUUGAAAUAGUGUGAUUUAUGAUUCUUUUUUGCAAAAAAAAAAAUGGUAGUGUGAUUGUGUUAUUUCAACUUCCUACCAUUUUCAUCCGGAUGUGUGAAUUGUGAUAUUUGUUGAGCAAUAUAAUAAUAAACGUUUGUCAGA